UCAGGCUGUCUAGUCACAGAGGAAGGCUGUGCUUCUCUGGUCUCAGCUCUGAGGUCAAACCCCUCACACCUGAGAGAGCUGGACCUGAGCUACAAUCACCCAGGAGACUCAGGAGUCAGACUGCUCUCUGCUGGACUGGAGGAUCCACACUGCAGACUGGAGAAACUCAAUGUGGAACAUGGUGGAGAGAACAGAAUGAAACCUGGACUUAGAAAAUAUGUCUGUGAUCUCACACUGGACCCAAACACAGUAGACAGACACCUCUCUCUGUCUGAGGGGAACAGAAAGGUGACAUGGAGGAGAGAGGAGCAGCCGUAUCCUGAUCACCCAGAGAGAUUUGAGGACUGUGGACAGGUGCUGUGUAGAGAGGGUCUGACUGGGCGCUGUUACUGGGAGGUAGAGUGGAGUGGGAGAGGGGCUGUUAUAGGAGUGACAUAUAAAGGAAUCAGCAGGAGAGGAAGGGGUUGAUGACUGUUGUCUUGGAUACAAUGACAAGUCCUGGAGUCUGUUCUGCUCUGACAACAGUUACACUGCCUGGCACAAUAAUAAUCCCACUACCAUAGACGUCCCCUCCUCCAGCCCCACAGAGUAGGAGUGUAUCUGGACUGGCCAGCCGGCACUCUGUCCUUCUAUAGAGCCUCCUCUGACACACUGACCCACCUGAUCACAUUCACCUCCACAUUCACUGAGCCCCUCUAUCCAGGGUUUAGGGUUUAUUAUUUUCGACUCAGUGUCCCUGAAAUAAUAAACACACACACACACACACACAGGACACACACACACAGGACACACACACACACUGGACACACACACACACUGGACACACACACACUGGACACACACACACUGGACACACACACACUGGACACACACACACACUGGACACACACACACACUGGACACACACACACACUGGACACACACACACACUGGACACACACACACACUGGACACACACACACACUGGACACACACACACACUGGACACACACACACACUGGACACACACACACACUGGACACACACACACACUGGACACACACACACACACUGGACACACACACACACUGGACACACACACACACACUGGACACACACACACACACUGGACACACACACACACACACUGGACACACACACACACUGGACACACACACACACACACACUGGACACACACACACACUGGACACACACACACACUGGACACACACACACACACA